CAUUUUUGUAGGGGUAUAAAUCCAUAUAUUGACAGUUUUUUCCUGAAGAAGGUUCUGUUUGAAUACAACACUUGGAAUAAAGUAGUCGCAACCGUAAUACAGGAGUUAGUUUUGAAGAAUUAAAAAAAAAAGAAGCGUUCGGAAUUUGACCCAUUCAAAUAAAUCGUCCAUAUUGGCUAACGAAGAAUAAGCGCGUACGCCAUGGAAAUGGAAUUGAACGCUAACGAGGAGGUUACUACAGCAAGGAAUGAGAACCCUAGUAAGAAGAAGGAAGUGGCGGCUCCGGUGCCCUUCAUACUAAUAAUCUGCGGCAGUCUCGUUUACUACCACUGUGCUUAUCGGAAUUCCAGUAUCGUCUCUCUCAUCUCCGACGUCUUUAUUGUACUCCUUUGCUCUCUUGCAAUUCUCGGCCUCCUAUUUCGCCAGAUGAACAUCUCUGUUCCUGUGGAUCCGAUAGAGUGGCAGAUCUCUCAGGACACUGCAAACUGCGUCUUCGCCUGCCUCGCUAAUACUAUCGGCGCCGCUGAGUCUGUUCUCCGUGUUGCUGCUACGGGCCAUGAUAAGCGCUUGUUCCUUAAGGUUGUGGUUAUUCUUUAUGUGCUAUCAGUUUUGGGAAGGAUAGCGUCAGGUGUUACCAUUGCAUAUGCCGGACUCUGCUUUCUUUGCGUUUACAUGCUUGCCAAGAAAUCGCAACUGAUCGGCGCAUGUUUGUCGAGUCAGCCAAGGAGAAGGGAGUGCACAAACACAGCUCAGGGCGAGUAGCUGAGUGUAUUUUUGCAAAAUAUGAAUUUUCUGUGUAGCUUUGUGAUUUCCUCACAGGUAACAAGGAUAAGUGAUAUAAUCUGGUAACAAUGCUUUUUAGUUGGCAAAUAUUUAGCUUUUACUUAGAUCAUACUUGAUGCUGAAGGAACAAGAGAGCUUCUGUAAAUUCACCAAGGACAUUGAUGAAAAUUGUUUGUAUUUAACAUCUUGAAUAAUACUAGUUAACAACUGC